GUCGACUGCCUUGACCGCACAAGGACAUAUAUGCUCUGUGGCGGGAGGUGAUUGACUUUAUUCGAGGAAAGGUGAAUGCACACAGAGCGGAUUAUGAUCCAUCAAAUCCACAAGACUACAUUGACUGUUUCCUUGCUAAGAUGGAAAAACUUAAAGAUGACACAGACACUGUGUUUAAUGUGGAGAACUUGUGCUUCUGUACGCUGGAUCUGUUUGUGGAGGGAACUGAUACUGCCGCUACCACUCUGUACUGGGGUCUUCUCUACAUGAUGAAAUAUCCUGAGACACAAGCCAGAGUUCAGGAGGAGAUUGAUCGUGUUGUGGGAGGGUCACGGCAGCCAUCUUUAUCAGACAAGGACAACAUGCCCUUCACCAAUGCUGUCAUUCAUGAGAUACAGAGGAUUGGAAAUAUAGUCCCAUUAAAUUUGGUCAGGGCUACUGUGAAAGAUACCCAGAUAGGGAAAUACUUUAUCCCAAAGGACACAGUUGUCAUUGGCAGUUUGACAUCAGUGCUGUUUGAUGAGUCCGAGUGGGAGACGCCUCACUCUUUUAACCCGGGUCACUUCCUGGAUGCAGAGGGCAAUUUCAGGAAAAGAGAUGCCUUUUUCCCUUUUUCUAUAGGAAAGAGAGUGUGUCUUGGGGAGCAGCUGGCACGGAUGGAGCUGUUCCUGUUUUUCUCCUCUCUGCUGCAGCGCUUCACUUUCUCUUUAACAGUAGGUGUGGAGCCCAACUUGGAUUAUUUAAUGGGAACCACUCGAUGUCCCAAACCAUACAAAUUAUGUGCAAUGCCACGCUAAGACUAGCAACACGCACAAAUAUGUGAUUAUGGACUGUGUGUGUUUCUGAGAAAGAGAUAAUGUAUCCUUUUAUUUAUGGAAAAUUGUGGGAAUGGUCAUUGACAGUAAUUCAUUGUGGUAAAUGGGUGGAUUGGAAUGGGUGCAGUGUAUAAUAUUUUUGUAUUUGCAAUAAAAUGUAUAAUUUGAUAUGAUAUCUGAGUAUGAAAUGAUGAGCAGAAUUCCUCUAUGAAAUUUUUAGGAGUUCCACACUUAUUUGACCAAUGAAAUUUCCUGACCUUCUCAGUCAUUUGUAAUUACUGGAUAAGGACUUUUAAAAAUCAUUUCAUUUCAGACAUAACCCUUACUUAAACCCUUACUUUGUCAUUUUGUGUCUUUUUGUCUUUAUAGUUGUUCAAGACAAAAACUCAAACUAAUGUUUUUGAUUCAAAAAGUUGUAUCCUUCAUACCUUGUCGUAUGAUGCUGAAAAAAUAUGAAUACUUACAAUAGUAAAUAAAAUGGUAGAUUAUAAUUUCAUUGCUGAUAUCUUGUUUAAACAAACACGUGGAAGAAAACUAAAUGAGGAGAGGAAAGGUGAAAGCUCCAGAUAAACAUUCUGCAUAUUACGCAAAAGCCUUUUAAAACAUCAGAUGAAUUUGUGCCAAAAAAGGCAGUCCAAGGACAUCAACUUAAUGCAAUGAAUUCUCGCGUUAUUAAUUCGCUGUACUGAAAUUCAAACACUGAACCUGCCUAACAGUAAAAAAAAAAAAAAAAAAAAA